CCGGCGGCGCUUCGCUCGUCCUUCUCCGCACCAUGCCGCCGUCGCUCUUCUGGCUCCUUGCCGUCAGCAGCCAUCUGUACCGCGUAACAGCUGCCCUGACCUCAUUCAGCCUCCCUGAUAAGUCCAGCUGCCCCUUAGGAUAUUUCCCUUGUGGCAAUUUGACCAAAUGCCUCCCGCAGCUGCUACACUGCAAUGGCGUGGACGACUGUGGCAACCAAGCGGACGAGGAAUAUUGCGGUGAUAACAACGGAUGGCCGAAUCUCUUUGACAAUUAUUUUGGGAUCCUCAGUGAUGAUUUCGGAAUCAAGUCAAACAAAUGCCUGCUUGGAACUAUCCCCGACCAAUGUCACUGCCGAGGGCUGGAACUGGACUGUGACGGCACUCAGCUCCGGGUCGUCCCCUCCGUGUCCCCGACUGUCACUAUGAUGUCUCUGCAGAGGAACAGGCUGAAGAAGCUGAAUGCUGAUAUAUUCUACAAUUACAACAGUCUGCAAAAGCUAUAUCUGCAGCAUAACAAGAUUCGAGCCGUGAGUCCCAGUGCGUUCAGAGGACUGUAUAAUUUAACACGCCUAUAUCUCAGUUACAAUAAGAUAUCGACUCUGAAGCCAGGAGUGUUCCAGGAUCUUCAUAAGCUGGAGUGGUUGAUUUUGGAAAACAACAAAAUCAGCCAGAUUUCCUCGCUGACUUUUUCUGGGCUACAUUCGCUGGUGCUUCUGGUGCUGCUUAACAACUCUCUCGGCCAGCUACACGAUGACGCCGUAUGUCGGGGGAUGCCGAAACUCAACUGGCUCGACAUGGAGGGGAAUCAGAUCGAGAGCGUAGGAGAAGUAACCUUCAGCUCCUGUAAUAUGCUGACCGUGCUAGUUCUUCAGAGGAAUAGAAUCAGUGACUUGCACGAAAAGGCCUUCUCAUCUCUGAGAAGGCUUGGGGAACUGGAUUUAUCCAGCAACAGAAUCAAAGCGAUACCUCGAAAUUUAUUUGUCGAUCUUGGUGAGCUACUACAGCUAAACAUAUCAUAUAACCCUAUUUUGGAGUUACAGCUGGACCACUUUGAUAAUCUGCAUAAAUUAAAAUCACUAAGCAUAGAGGGAAUUGAGAUCGCGAACAUACAGAGGAGAAUGUUUGAACCUCUGAAAAACCUCACGCACAUAUAUUUCAAGAAGUUCCAGUACUGUGGCUACGCGCCCCACGUGCGUAGCUGCAAGCCCAACACCGACGGCAUCUCCUCCUUCGAGGACCUGCUGGCCAACAUCGUGCUGCGGGUCUUCGUCUGGGUCGUCUCGGCCACCACCUGCUUCGGCAACGUCUUCGUGAUCGCCAUGCGGUCCUACAUCAGAUCCGAGAACAAGCUGCAUGCAUUGUGCAUCAUCUCCCUCUGCUGUGCUGACGGCCUGAUGGGCGUGUACCUCUUUGUGAUUGGAGCAUUCGAUCUGAAGUUCCGGGGGAAGUAUAACCAACACGCCCAGAGAUGGAUGGACAGCGCUCAGUGUCAGGUGGUUGGUUCCCUGGCCAUGCUGUCCACAGAGGUGUCCGUCAUGCUGCUCACGUACCUCACCCUGGAGAAGUACGUCUGCAUCGUCUACCCAUUCCGGUAUCUUGCCCCCGGAAGACGCCGGACCGUGAGCAUCCUCGUAGCCAUCUGGAUCCUGGGAUUUAUCAUCGCCUUCAUCCCCCUAGUGGCCAAAAACUUCUUUAAGAACUUCUAUGGUACCAAUGGAGUAUGUUUCCCCCUGCACUCUGAACAGCCAGAGACUGUUGGGGCUCAGGUGUACUCCAUCAUCAUUUUCCUUGGUCUAAACUUGAUGGCAUUUCUUAUAAUCGUCUUUUCCUAUGGAAGCAUGUUCUACAACAUUCAGAAAACGGGGACACGAGCUACAGAAUACAGCAAUCACAUCAAGAAGGAGGUGACCAUCGCAAAGAGGUUCUUCUCCAUCGUUAUAACUGACUCCCUUUGCUGGAUUCCCAUCUUCAUUCUAAAGAUUUUAUCUUUAAUUCAGGUGGAAAUACCAGGUACAAUCAGUUCUUGGGUGGUAAUAUUCAUUCUGCCGAUCAACAGCGCCCUGAACCCUAUCCUGUACACACUCACCACACGGCCAUUCAAGGAGACCAUCCUGCAGGUGUGGAAUAACUACAGACAGAAGAGACCCCAGGCUGACGGGCAGCAGGCCAACGUGCCAUCCUUCACCUGGCUGGAGAUGUGGCCCGCGCAGGAGUCCAACACCGUGUCUUCUCCAGGGUAUCUGGCCCAUCCUUCGGAGAUGUCACUUACUUCGGGAAAGACUGACUUAUUGCCAGAGAAAACUGUAAAUGGAAUUUAAAUGCCAACGCUUCUGCAAAGACUCCUUUCCCGGCAU